AUGGAUUAUUCACGUUCAAUUUGGAACGAAAAUCCUAUUUUUUAUAAUACUAUCAAGCGAGUUUUUGCUUUUUCGAUAGCUAUAAUUUUUCCAUUCACUCAUUAUUGUGUGCUCACGAAGUCUCCGAAAAGUUUCGGGUUUUUGAAAUGGAUCAUUUAUUUUCAUUGCUGUUGCGUCACCUGUGAGUGGCUCAAUAACGCGUUUCUUAUCGAUAUCAUGACAUUCCAACCUUCCGUACUGAUUCGAGUGGACGGAUUCCUAAACUCCCUGAUAGAUCCUGCAGUGCUCUUCCUUAUCAGCUCCUGCACUGAAGACUUAGCACGUACAUCUGCCCUUCUCUUGUUCACAAGCCGGUUGUUUAUGAUUUUCAACAUGUACCGGUCUAAUUUUUCUUGGACACGAUAUUUUGGCGAAGGUCUUGUCUAUACAUUGGUUGCUGUAAUCGGACUUUGGACAAUACCAAUGACUUUUUGGUGCCUACCCGAUCAGUAUACUGAGAAAUUUAGGAUUGUUUAUAACGCGAAGUUCUAUCCCGACGGCUUGUGGGAUUCAACUGUUGUAGUGACGAGUGGGAGUGAUUUGGAAAGUGAACGUUUUGUUUCUAUUAUCACAAUUUUGAAUUCAAUAAUUGUCGGAAUACUGAUAUUUGCUUCAUCGAAAGCUGCUUUUUAUUUUCUAGAAAAGCGAAUGGAAGUGGAAAACGAGUCUGAAGCUACAAGGAGAAUGCAUCAGAAAUUCAAUCAGCGGACCAUUUUUCAGGCAAUUCUCUACCUAUCCUUCAUGUGCAUUCCAAUUUCCAUGCUCUACCUCACCAUUCUCCUCGACGUCAAAAUCAAAGGGCUCACAUAUUUCAUUGAUUUUUCUAUUGAAAAUCACCCGGUGGCAUGUAUCAUUUCUUUAUUUCUAUAUUAUGAUCCAUAUCAGAAUUACUUGUUGAAAGUUGUUCGAUAUAAGCCAAGACGUAGGAAAAAUAAAAGUUCUACCAUUGCUGCCCUUACUUGA